ACAAUAGUUAUCAAUUAUUUGUAGUUACAUCUGACGAUUAAACUAAGCAGACCCAAAAUUAUUUGUUCUGCCCACUUGUAAAUACUAGUGAUUAUCACUAUUUAUUUGUAUGGAAAUUUUCGUGUGUUGUUGUCGUAGUUUAUUUUAUUUUAUUUUUAAUUUUUUAUUGUUUGACAUUGAAACAAAUGGUUGAGUUGCUGUUGGUUCUUUUUACAUAAAAUGAAAAGGAAACUCUUUUCUGGUUUUCUGUCUUUCAGGAAGAUACACAUAUAGUCAAGAUUGCUACUGAUGACCCUACAGUUCUUUCUGCAAGCUGUAGACAUAAUGGGGGAAAAGAUGGUUACCUCUUGCCAGAAUUCAAUGAUCUCGUGAAAGAAUUUGACUACGCUGCCACUAAUACGGCGAUAUCUACGAAGAAGGACCUAGAAACACCUAGGUCAUACGUGGGAACUUCAAGAGAAUUAAAAAAUAUGAAUGAUGAAUAUGAGCAAGAGAUCAGACAUUUGAAUACCAUGGUAAGAGUACUCCAAGAAAGGGAGAAGAACCUUGAGGUCCAGUUGCUUGAAUUUUAUGGCCAUAAAGAGCAAGAAACUGCAAUGAUAGAGCUGCAGAACCGUCUGAAAAUAAACAAUAUGGAAUCUCAUCUUUUCAGACUCAAGAUUGAAUCCUUACAGGUUGAUAACCAAAGACUACAGGCGCAAGUGUCUGAUCAUGCAAAAAGUAUAGCUGAUCUUGAUGCUGCAAAAGCAAAAAUUAAAUUACUGAAGAGGGCGCUAAGGUCUGAAGCUCAGCAGAACAAGGAACAAAUCUUAACCCUUCAGAAAACAGUAAAUAGGUUGCAGGAGCAGGAACUCAAGGCUGCUGCAACUGAUUCAGAGAUUCAGUUAAAGUUGCAAAAGCUGAAGGAUUUAGAAGCUGAGGCAGAAGACUUGAGGGAGUCUAACUUUAGGUUGCAUCUAGAAAAUUCUGAAUUGGCCAGUCAGUUGGAAUCCACUCAAAUUCUUGCAAAUUCUGUGGUUGAAAAUCCUGAGAGAGAAGAAUUAAGAGAACUUAGCAACCGACUAGGACAGGAAAAUGGAGACUUGGCAAAGGAACUUGAACGACUCCAAGCAGAUCGAUCUACUGAUGUUGAAGAAUUAGUCUAUCUCCGUUGGGUAAAUGCUUGCUUGAGAUAUGAAUUGCGCAGUUUCCAGCCCCUGCAUGGUAAAACAGUUGAAAGAGACCUAAGCAGAUCCCUCAGUCCCGAGACUGAGGGGAAAGCAAAACAACUAAUAUUUGAAUGUGCAAAUACUGAAGGGAAGGUGGAGAAGGGGAUCGAUAUUAUGGAUUUUGAGUCUGACCAGUGGUCUUCCUCUAACACUUCCUGUAUUGCAGACUCACCGGACCGUGAUGAUCCUUCAGUUUCAUCAAAAAACAGCAACUGGAAAAAAGUCAAAAUUUUCAACAAGUUAAGGAGACUUAUUCGGGGAAAAGACGUUCCUCAUCGUAAUCGUGGGUCAUCAACAGGCAAAAAUGUAGGAACAGAAGAUUCUGAUUCUUCACGUGGUAGUUCAAGCAUUUCAACAACAACCGAUGCUGCAACCGAUCGACAAUCUAGUAGCGUUCAAAAUCCGUCUCUACAAUUUUGUUGGCACUCAUCUGGAAAAUCUGCAGGUAUUCGAAGAUUGAAGAGUGCAAAUAUAGAUGAAAUAAAGGAUAUCGAAAUUGGUCGGAGUAAUCAUUCUGAAUCUUCUUCUGAGCAUAGGAAAUGUUUGUCAGGUAGGACAGCUUCUAGUGAUUUUUCACUGAAAAAUCAACUAGACAAACACCCACAUCCCAUUGAGAAAUCUGAAUUGUUGGACAUGGCCGAAGCUCUGAAUAACUCUAAAAUAGGAACGUUUCAUAGAAAAGCAGCAUCACUUGGUUCGUAUUGAGGCUUUUGAAAGCUUCAGUUUACAAUAAUCUGACCUCAUUGCUUGUCUGUAUGUACUCUUGGUCAGUGUAAAUGCAUCAUAAUGUACAACCAAAUUCCACAAAAUGGAAGCAAUGUAAAUUAAUGAUUGAUUUAUUUAGUGACAAGCUUAAGCAAACCAUACCAC